CACGUCAAAAAUAAACACACAGCUUUCAUCAUAUUUCUUAUUUCUAUGAAUUGCGGUUUUGAAUAAGUGUAGAAUAUACCUAGAAUGACUAAAAUUGUAUUUUUGCAUCCCGAUCUAGGCAUCGGAGGAGCAGAAAGGGCUGUCAUUGAUGCUGCAUUGGCUUUGAAAGGAAAAGGACACUCAGUAGAAUUUGUCACUUCUCAUCAUGAUCCCAAUCACUGCUUUCCUGAAACAACUGAUGGGUCUUUCAAAGUGACUUCUGUUGGUGACUGGCUUCCUCGAAGUAUCUUUGGAAAAUUUGCUGCCCUAUGUGCUUACAUUCGUAUGAUUUAUGCUGCCAUUUACCUUGUUUUAUUUAGUGACAUUUCUAAAGAUGUGGACUUGUUUUUCUGUGAUCAAAUAUCAGCCUGUAUUCCAUUUCUCAAGUUGCAUUCUAAGGCAAAGAUUUUAUUUUAUUGCCAUUUCCCUGACAUGCUGUUGACACAAAGGAAAAGUUUCAUGAAGAAAUUAUAUCGAGGUCCUAUUGACUGGUUUGAAGAAAUAACCACUGGAAUGGCUGAUACUAUACUAGUCAACAGUAAUUUUACAGCUGGUAUAUUCCAUGAAACAUUCAAGUCACUAUCAAAUAUAACACCACAAGUUCUAUAUCCAGUACCAGAUUGUGAAAUAUUUGAUAAACCAGUGGACCAACCAACUGAUGAUCUGAUCCCUUCUAAUAAAUCUCUAAUAUUUACUUCCAUCAAUAGAUAUGAACGCAAGAAAAAUCUACCCUUAGCUAUUAAAGCAUUUGCUAAAGUAAGAGAAAAUCAUGCUGAUAAUAAAGAUAUCCAUUUAAUCAUGGCUGGUGGAUAUGAUGAAAGAGUGACAGAAAAUGUAGAACAUUAUCAAGAAUUAAAACAAUUAGUCAAAGAUUAUCAUCUUGAUAAUGAUGUAUCUUUUCAUCGUUCAUUAAGUGAUGCCAAAAAACAAACUUUACUCAAAUACAGUACUUGUCUUCUUUAUACACCUGAUAAAGAACAUUUUGGAAUCGUUCCCAUAGAAGCUAUGGGUAUGCAAUGUCCAGUAAUAGCUGUCAAUAGUGGUGGUCCAUUGGAAACCAUUGAAGAUGGAAAAACAGGAUUUUUAUGUGAACCCAUUCCUGAGAAAUUUGCCAAAGCUAUGGAAUUUUUUGUUAAUAAUCCAGAAAAAUCACAGAUAUUUGGAAAGUCUGGAAAGGAAAGAGUUUUAUCCAAAUUUUCUUUCAACCAAUUUUCAGGAACUCUGAAUGGAAUAGUUUCAAAUAUUAUUCAUUAAUUUCAGUUGCAGAUAUUAAUUCAUUGUGUAAGCAUCAUUGGUCAAGAUUUUUUUUGGGAAAUAAUAAAUAAUUUUCAUUGAUA